UAAACGCCAGAGCCCUGCCGGCCGCAGCAUCUCUAGCUGCGUCCCCAAUUGCCGGCGCUUUUUGUGCGCAUGCACCAGCGCGGCUUUUGCGACUACUCCAAAGAUCUUCGCAGAGGGAACGUGCAAGUAGUUUGGCCUAGUUCGCUUGCCAUUACGGCGGAGCGUCACGCGGAGGAUUGUGGGUGUGAGGCCCACGUGAGGCUUGGGAAGGACUCCGGACGUAUUUGUUUUCUUCAAGCAUUUGAUCAAGAUUAAGAAUUAAAAAUGUCAUCCAAACAAGAAAUAAUGAGUGACCAGCGGUUUAGACGGGUUGCAAAGGACCCGAGAUUUUGGGAAAUGCCGGAAAAGGAUCGAAAAGUCAAAAUUGACAAGAGAUUUCGAGCUAUGUUUCAUGACAAGAAGUUCAAGUUGAACUACGCCGUGGAUAAAAGAGGGCGCCCCAUUAGCCAUAGCACUACAGAGGAUUUGAAACGUUUUUACGACCUUUCAGAUUCUGAUUCCGAUCUCUCUGAUGAAGAUAGUAAAGCAUUGAGUCAAAAGAAAAUAAAGAAGAAAAAAACCCAGACUAAAAAAGAAAUCGAUUCAAAAAAUCUAGUUGAGAAAAAGAAAGAAACCAAGAAGGCUAAUCACAAGGGUUCUGAAAAUAAAACUGAUUUAGAUAAUUCUGUAGGAAUUAAAAAAAUGAAAACCUCAUGUAAAUUUAAGAUAGAUUCAAACAUAAGUCCAAAGAAGGAUAGCAAAGAAUUUACACAAAAAAGUAAGAAAGAGAAAAAAAACAUUGUUCAACAUACUACAGACUCUUCUCUCAAAGAAAAACAAAGGACAUUAGACUCAGGCACCUCUGAAAUUGUGAAAUCUCCUAGGAUCAAGUGUUCUAAGACAAGAAGAGAAAUGCAGUCAGUGUUUCCACCCAUAAUGACAAGAGACGGUGAUAGUUAUGAAAACUCAACAGAUGGUGAAAUGUUUGACAAAGAUGCUCUGGAGGAAGAUUCAGAAAGCGUUAGUGAAUUAGGAAGUGAUGAGGAAUCUGAAAAUGAAAUUACAGGUGUUGGUAGAGCUUCAGGUGAUGAUGAUGAUGGAAGUGAAGAUGAUGAAGAUGAGGAUGAAGAUGAAGAGGAAGAUGAAGAUGAGGAUAGUGAGGAUGAUGAUGAAAGUGACAGUGGCCCUGAUCUUGCAAGGGGUAAAGGAAAUAUAGAAACUAGUUCUGAAGAUGAAGAUGAUAUGGCAGAUUUGUUUCCAGAAGAAUCUGGUUUUGAGCAUGCUUGGAGAGAAUUAGAUAAAGAUGCUCCUCGUGCUGAUGAGAUUACACGUCGAUUAGCAGUUUGUAACAUGGACUGGGAUAGAUUAAAGGCAAAAGAUUUGCUGGCUCUGUUCAAUUCAUUUAAGCCCAAAGGAGGUGUAAUAUUUUCCGUCAAGAUAUAUCCUUCAGAAUUUGGAAAGGAGAGGAUGAAGGAAGAGCAAGUUCAAGGACCAGUAGAGCUAUUAAGUAUUCCUGAAGAUGCCCCAGAAAAAGACUGGACGUCUAGAGAAAAAUUGAGAGAUUAUCAAUUCAAACGACUGAAGUACUAUUAUGCAGUAGUAGACUGUGAUUCUCCGGAAACAGCUAGUAAAAUUUAUGAGGAUUGUGAUGGCCUGGAAUUUGAAAGUAGUUGUUCUUUCAUAGAUCUAAGGUUUAUACCAGAUGAUAUUACUUUUGAUGAUGAGCCUAAGGAUGUAGCCUCAGAAGUGAAUUUAACAGCAUAUAAACCAAAAUAUUUCACAUCUGCUGCAAUGGGAACAUCAACGGUGGAAAUCACUUGGGAUGAGACUGAUCAUGAAAGAAUUACAAUGCUCAACAGGAAGUUUAAAAAGGAAGAGCUUUUGGACAUGGAUUUUCAAGCCUACUUAGCUUCCUCUAGUGAAGAUGAAGAGACAGAAGAGGAGCUACAAGGUGAUGAUGGAGUCAAUGUAGAAGAAGAUGGGAAAACAAAGAAAAGUCAGAAAGAUGAUGAAGAACAAAUUGCUAAAUACAGGCAGCUCUUGCAGGUUAUUCAAGAAAAAGAAAAGAAAGGCAAAGAAAAUGAUAUGGAAAUGGAAAUUAAAUGGGUUCCAGGUCUUAAAGAAAGUGCAGAAGAGAUGGUCAAAAACAAAUUGGAAGGAAAGGAUAAACUGACCCCUUGGGAACAAUUUUUAGAGAAGAAGAAAGAGAAAAAAAGACUGAAAAGGAAACAGAAGGCUCUUGCUGAAGAGGCCAGUGAAGAGGAACUUCCCUCUGAUGUUGAUUUGAAUGACCCAUACUUUGCUGAAGAAGUUAAACAAAUAGGUAUAAAUAAAAAAUCGGUAAAAUCUGCAAAAGAUGGCACAUCUCCAGAAGAAGAAACUGAAAUAGAAAGACAAAAGGCUGAAAUGGCUUUGCUUAUGAUGGAUGAGGACGAGGACAGUAAGAAACACUUCAAUUACAACAAGAUUGUGGAGCACCAGAAUCUGAGCAAAAAGAAGAAAAAGCAGCUCAUGAAAAAGAAGGAAUUAAUAGAGGAUGACUUUGAGGUAAAUGUUAACGAUGCACGGUUUCAGGCAAUGUACACUUCCCACUUGUUCAAUUUGGACCCCUCAGAUCCCAAUUUCAAGAAAACAAAAGCUAUGGGAAAAAUCCUUGAGGAGAAGGCCCGGCAAAGAGAACGAAAAGAACAAGAACUUACUCAGGCAAUAAAGAAAAAAGAGAGUGAGAUUGAAAAGGAAUCACAAAGGAAGUCCAUUGAUCCUGCUUUGUCAGUGUUGAUUAAAUCUAUAAAAACCAAAACAGAGCAGUUUCAAGCAAGAAAAAAGCAAAAAGUCAAAUAACUGGAUGUUACUUAUUUUUGAAUUGAAUACCAUCUUUUCCUAAAAUGUACAGAAAUAGUAGGAGGGCAUAUUUAUUGGAAACAAAGCUAUCUUUCAAGAAUAUGAAUAAAUCUUUUUCUGGACAUAGUAAAAUUUUUCUCCAUAAAUAAUUGUACUUAAUUGUGGAUGACUGACAAAUUUGUAUUGUAUAUUCCUACAGAUUAGUCAUAAUUAAAUUACCUGAAGUAUAGGUUUUAUAAAAUUUUUAUAUUUUACAGUGUUCAAUUCUAACUAGUGGAAAGUUACUCUAGCUUUUUUAAAAGGCUGUUUACAAUUCUGUGUAAAAAUAGAACAGUAUCUACCCUUAAGUUUGUGUAAACGUUAGGGAUAAUUUGAAAAAUAUAUAUAUUUAAUACAUUAAUUUCUCUGGAAGCAGGAGACAUGUUUAAAUAACUAUUAAAAUAAUUUAUUUUUCUAGCCAUAAAGGAUGGAAGUCAAGAACUUUUUGUUGUUUAGUCAUGUUAAGUAUAGUUUAUGAAACUAACUUGUAAAUAAAAGUGUAAAAUAUUUUCA